AUGAGAAUAUACAGAGGUGACGUGAUCACAACAUACAAGAUACUAAAGGUAAUAGCCGAGAUUGACAAGUACAUCCUCUUUAAAUUGAAAGACAGCAGGUUCCGCCACGUACCAGUAGCACAUCUCAAGUUCCGCCACAUACCAGUAGCACAUCUCAAGUUCCGCCACGUACCAGUAGCACAUCUCAAGUUCCGCCACGUUCCAGUAGCACAUCUCAAGUUCCGCCACGUACCAGUAGCACAUCUCAAGUUCCGCCACGUUCCAGUAGCACAUCUCAAGUUCCGCCACAUACCAGUAGCACAUCUCAAGUUCCGCCACGUACCAGUAGCACAUCUCAAGUUCCGCCACGUACCAGUAGCACAUCUCAAGUUCCGCCACGUACCAGUAGCACAUCUCAAGUUCCGCCACGUUCCAGUAGCACAUCUCAAGUUCCGCCACGUUCCAGUAGCACAUCUCAAGUUCCGCCACGUACCAGUAGCACAUCUCAAGUUCCGCCACGUUCCAGUAGCACAUCUCAAGUUCCGCCACGUUCCAGUAGCACAUCUCAAGUUCCGCCACGUUCCAGUAGCACAUCUCAAGUUCCGCCACGUUCCAGUAGCACAUAAUUUGUGUCCCAAUCGCUGUGUCUCAGCCGCUGUGGUGACUGAGCAAGAGUGA